AUGAAUGCACAUGCAGGAGAAUUCGACCACAAGGACACUCGUCGUUUCAAGCAUACCCGCAUCGGUAUAUGGGAUCUCUACGAGGAACGCCAAUCAUUGGCACGCAAACGAGUCUCAUCAAUAUUGCAGACAUAUGCGCCGAUAAUCUACAGUGUUCCACUCCUGGUUCGCAUGUUCAAGGAUGUACUCAGCAUCAAACGAUGCUCCAUCCUUCUCCCCGCAUUCCUUGUGGUAGAAGUUUUAGCCUCCCUCAUACCCGCUGUUUCUCUGUGGUACUCCGGACAAUUCCUCCGCCUUGUAGAGAGCGCAAUGGAGGCACGUACUGUGGACACAACGGUGCUCGUAUAUUUUGCGGCAGCACAUGUUAUAUGCGCAGUCGCUCUGCGUUUUCUCAGGUACUCCCGAGACUGCAUAACGCCUCCUCUGAGCUUGUACAUCAAACAAUUCUACGAUGAACGCACACUUCUCUCAGCUGCCCCCCUCGACCUGCCCGCAUUUCAAACUUUGCAUCGCUCGCACGCAGCGCACGAGCUCGGCCUUGGCUUAGCUUAUUGGUAUACUUCGGCAAUCUGGGACACUAUCGAGACGUUAACGGACAUCGCAAUGAUGCUUAUUCGUCUGUUUUCUCAGCUUUUGGUUCUGAGUACAGUCAUGUGGGAACAACAGGAUGGUCUACUUCUCGUGGUUCUCAGUUUUCUGCAAUCUUUAUUUCCCUGGGAUAGCAAGGGAAAGGAGGCAGUCAGAUCCUUAGUUUGGGCUGCAACGACGACGAACAGGGAUUUUAUUUGCAUGCAAGGUCUGAGGGGACUCAUUGCUGGACCCUUAUACCGCCAGGAGCUUGUCGCAGGCAACCUCAGCGAACACAUCAGUGCACGGUUUCGCGAAGCAUCUCAGCGCAUUGGUCACGAUGCGGUUGAGUUCCCAGAGCUGAGACGAUUUCGUUCUUUUAAGGACUGUCUCAGCAUCACGUUCAUCAUCCAAGAAACAAUGUAUGUGCUACCUCAGAUCGUCUUCGCCUUACGCGUAGUGGAAAAUCCAAUGACUACUCCCCUCUCCUUGGCAUCAUUCAUAUUCAUCAAGCAAGCCUUCAAUCCAUCCAGUAACACAGAUUCCUCGACAUCCAAGAUGUUAUCCACUCUUGCAUCCCGAUUGUCCAGAACACGCGAUUUGUAUGAGAUAGAGAACAUACGGAAUGAGGUUGUGGAUGGCACGGAACCGUUCCCCGAGAACCAACAAUCUCUUGCAAAUGGUAUUUCUGUUGAGUUCAGGAAUGUUUCGUUCCAGUACCCUGGUCGAGACAGGUGUGCUCUACGGAAUGUAUCGUUCAAGAUCGAGGCUGGUCAGUUAUGUGUCGUUGUUGGUGUGAACGGCUCUGGAAAGAGCACGAUCUUGAAACUGAUCUCCCGCAUCUACGACCCAACGGUGGGCACCAUUCUUAUCGACGGCCGUGACAUCAAAACCUUGAAACUUGCUGACCUCCGUGCUGCUAUGUCCAUCCUCUUCCAAGACUAUUCGCAAUUCCCCCUCUCCAUGCGCGAGAAUAUCGGGCUUGGCAACCCUCCCCUCGCACAUGACGACGACAAGGUUCGCGAAGCCGCCCGUCUCGGCGGCGCAGAGGACUUCGUCGACGAGCUCCCUGAGGGAUUCGAUACCUACCUCACGCGCCCCGUGUAUGAUUACUAUGGUGACCUCCCUGAAGGUACCACGACGCUUUUUGGACAUCCCGUUGACUUCUCGCCAUUGAAUUUAAUUAAUGAUGCCCGUAUUUCCGGAGAUCUAGGCAUUCAAAUCAGCCGCGGGCAAGUACAGCGGCUUGCAAUCUCCCGUACAUUCAUGCGCUCAUUGGUCUCUGAAACUGAGUCUUCUGCUGGUAUGCUGUUGUUUGAUGAGCCAAGUGCCUCCCUGGAUCCUAUGGCCGAACAUGAUCUCUUCGAGCGUCUACGAAAGUUGAGGGGUAACAAGACCAUGAUAUUUUCCACUCACCGGUUUGGAAAUCUCACCCAACAUGCGGACCUCAUUUUAUACAUCGAUGAAACUGUCCAGGAAGAAGGGACGCACGAUGAACUCAUGAAGAAAGGGGGAGAGUAUGCUCGCAUUUGGAAUCUGCAAGCGAAACCUUUUAUUUAA